UUUGGCGCCAAACGCUCGUCCUAUUUGUAAAUUUAGGGUUAUAUAAACUCACCAAAUUAUUACCCUGAAACCAAAAUCAAAAUGGAGAAAUUCAGAGAACAAUUAGAGGAAAUUAAAGAGAUUCUGGUAUCUUCCUCGGAUGCGGAAAAUUCUAACAAAAUCAGCGCAUUCCAAGCUCUCUAUGAACUCGCUACAGCAAACAACAGCUCUUGCUCGACAGAAUUACUUGGGGAUUCAGCUAAUGUUCUUGUUUCUUCACUUGUUCCUGGCAUAUUUCAUGAUGACGCAGAAAUUGGUUCUCACGCGUUGAAGUGUUUGGGAUCUAUACUUUACCAUCCAUCGGUUGUCGCCAAAAUCACAGGCGAUAAUGCUGCAAUGGUUGUUAAUUCGCUUGUCGAGGUCAUUACGAAUACCAGGGUGAAGUCCAUUUGUAAACUUGCAGUGUGGUGCAUAUCAGUUCAACAAUUCAGUGCAGCUAUGUUGGAUGCGCAUUUCCGUAUUUUGUUGAAGGCAGUUGUUCAUGCCCUAGACAACCCCAUUGGAUCGCUUGCGAUUACAUUUGAGGCGAUGCAGGCUUUGAUGAAGUUAUUAACAUUAUGGGGCGAAAAGAUGAGGGAAAUAUCAAAUCUCUGGGCUCCACCAAUUUAUAAAAGACUUGUUAGUGUCGAUAAUCGAGACAGAGAAAUGACUGAGAAAUUUUUGCCAAAGAUUAAGGUUUUAUUAUCUCCUGCUCCAAUAUCCCUAUCAAAGGCACUUCUUCUAGAUAUGAAGAACAAUUUGAUUUCCUCAAUGUUAGAGUUAUUCAAUACUGGCAUGAAGAUUCAGCCUAUCAAAGCUUGGGGAUGGUUCAUCCAUUUGCUUGGACCUAAUGCAAUGAAAAGCAAACAUUUAUCAAAUGAAAUGCUGAAAAUUGCUGAGCAGGCAUUUGCUGAUAUUGACCCACAAGUUCAAAUUGCUGCACUGGCUGCCUGGGAAUCUAUGAUUGAUGCAUCAGUUCCGUUUCCAGUUCAAGCUUCUAUGAGUGCCUUAGUUUCAACACCUAGUAAAGAACAUAUUACAUUAUCUGAAGGUAACAGCUGUCAGAUUGAAGCACAUAAGUUUCUGAGAAAGAUAAAGCUUAUAAUGAGACCCUUGAUAGAGAUCAUGUCUAAAAAAUGUGAUAUGUCUGUUCAUGUGACCUGCCUCAAUACGUGGUCUUAUCUCCUUCAAAAAGUUGACACCUCUAUCAGCAGUGAUUUAGUGAUGAAAUAUAUUUUGGAGCCUCUCUUUAGAGUUGUUAUCCAAGUUGGACCUCGUAGGGAUGCCUUGUUAUGGAGCACUUGCUUGGAUCUGCUAGAUGCUUUCACUUCUGCAGGAAUUUCGCAUGCAAACGGUGGCCGUCGUGAUCAUAAGAAUAGUAAAUUGUCAGAGAAAACCGCAGUGGUUGGGCAUUUGGUAUCUCACAAAAGCUCGUGGAGCCAUCGUGCAAUUAAAUGGUCUGCGUGGAAUCUAAAUCAGCUUGAUUUUUUUAUAAGAAUGAUUCGCAGCAUCAUCAACCAAACGUCAAAUGCUACUGUCCACCCACAAUUCAGAAAGCUGGCACAGGAUUCUGCUUUAAAGCUAUUUAGAUCUCUUCUGAAAGCAGUGCAAUGCUUUGUCACAGCCACUGCAACAAGUUACGACGAGAUAAUGCUGUGUAUUAAUACAGUUUUCAGGUUCUUGAAGGAAGUAUGUGAAAAUGAGUCUUCGAGAGAUGGUAACAUUGCUGAUUCACCCAAUGCUUCCAUUCACCUUUUGGAGAUGGUUGCUGGGGAAGUAGAUGCCUCAAUAUUGGGGUCAUCUCUGUACAAAAUGGUACUUGAUCUCAAGUGCUUAGAUAAGUUAGACCCCAAUGGUGCAUUUAGAUAUUCAUCUUCUACAGGGAUAAGGUGUAUCUCCUACAUGGACAUUGUUCCUCCCAUUGUAUACUUGAAUGUACUCUUUUUCUCAGUGGCUAUGAAGCUGACAUCUGAAGGUGCAGACUUGAAUGCUGUAACUGACAGGUUGUACGGACACAUGAAGUUUUGCUUAUGUUCCUAUGACACUUUGGGAAGUCUUGACCUUUUUGUUGGUUUGCUGUUGAAGUAUGAGCCUCUAGAUUGUUUGGCCAUCUGGAGAACCCUAGCCAUUUGUCUUAAAGAUUAUACAGAUGAUAAAACCCACUCCUCAUUACUCAUUAUGGGAUCAAAAAAUCCCGGGUAUCCUAUAUUAUUGCAUCUCCUGAUGUACCCUUUCUCCUUAUGCUUGCACACCAUUGGACAGUUUAACAUUGACCUUCAAAAUGUUCUGGAAGUUUGGAAACUGCUAUAUGCUUCUGUUAAUCAUGAAAUCCAUCUACCGGGUUCCCUUCUACAGAAUUUUGCUGAAGAUAUCUCUUCAGCAUUGAAUGGAUAUCUUGAUCAUGUCACAAACACGACUGGCAGUGGAGCUGGGGCUCAAAAAGGGGACAACAAGCAGAAUGCACACUUGUUAGUGUUCAUUGGAAACAUUAAUGUUUGCAUUCUGGAACAACUGAUUUUGAGAGUAAGCUUCAGAAGAAAUAAAAUAAGGGACGACAAUAAUGAGAUAUCCAGCAGUAUCAGAAAUUAUGUGAAACUCUCUUCCAGUUUCCUGGAGGUGGCUUUGGCCAAGGAAGAAACUACUGCUUCAAUGAUUCAGCCUUUACGCAUAAGGUAGUUUAUGAUAAAUUUGUAUUUAAGUUCUUUUAUUUAUUCGAAUUGAAAUGGUUUUCUGAUCAUAGAAGUUUUAGGCUGUUCUUGGCACUGAUCCAACUAGUUGGCAGCCUGGAAUUCAAGGGAGAUAUCAUUGCCUUUAUAGAGACUAUGGAAAGGUCUUUGCUUGAAUGGUUAUCAGUUGAUGAUAUUAAAGAUGAGAUGAUUGCCUGCCAUCUUCCACGAAUAUGGACUGAAGUCUUGAACAGUUUGCGAAGGAGUCAGCCACCAAUAAAGUUCGAUUCUCCUUUCCUCAAGUUUCAUGCACCUCUUCUUGAAAAAACUCUUGAUCACUGGAACUUCACCAUCUCGGCAAGUACCAUCAACUUUUGGAACUCCACAUAUGGUAGACAAACACAGGUAGAUCACCCCCAAAACUUGCUAUCAAUCUUAGACAAGCUCUACAAGGAUGGAAAAGUAAACAUCUGCAAAACAAACCUUGCAACCAACGGAAAGGGCUCUUCUACAAUGACCAGCAUUACAGCUCCGAGAGUGUAUGCAACGCUGAAUCGCUGUUCGAAAAGAGUUGAACUUGAGGAGCAUACAAGGAGUAAUUUGCAGGAGGAAGAUGAGGUGCAUCUUAAUUUCAAGAGAAGAAAAUCUGAGUUAACUGAACAUCAAAAGGAAGUGCGCCGGGCACAGCAAGGGCGUGCCACAGAUUGCAAUGGACAUGGCCCCGGAAUCCGGACUUAUACUAGUCUUGAUUUCUCUCAGGUUGUCAAUGAAGACGAAUCACAGGAAAGCCAGGUAGUUUGAAGUACAUUUCAACUUCUAUAUGAAAGUUCCUUGAUAUGUAUGUUUCACAAGGUUGUGUUUCUGUAUGUAUUCUUGUAUAUAUUUCCUUAAGGGUAAGAUCAAGAAAUGAACUGUUGCACGACCAGAUGGUGUAUUUAUCUUGUCAAUCCCUUGAAGUCUUGAACAAUAAUACAUCAAAUUGUAUUCUCC